AUGUUGUUUUUUGGUCUCAUUGAUCUUAAAGACUGGACCGAAGGGCGAGAUAUCCUCAGGUGUAACCCUCGAUUCAAUGGAGUGCCCCGCCACGAUUGCAUACUCAUCAACACGGACACUGUUAAACCCACACCGGCUCGACUUAUAGGGAUUUACAGGUGUUAUAUCAAGUCCAAAACAUAUGAUGUCGUCCUCGUCAAUUACUUCAAGCCCUCCACUACAAAACCAAGGACAAAAUGGGCUGGUGCUCGUCUUUAUGAGGAGGCAAGGGAAAGCAGGUUCGCACUGGUGAAAUAUUUUAUUCGUGGGGCACAUAUGAUUACAGCGUUUGGAAUGAGGGAGGGUCGCUUUUAUCUCAACGAUACCGUAGACGGCGACAUGUUUCUACGCUUUUCAAAGUGA